AUGCAACUUGCCCCGGGCCGGCCAUUAGCGCGUCACGAGUAUACGCGAACCCCACCAUUCCCGUUUCGCUUUGUGGGGGAGAAGAGCAGCAUUGUACUCGAAUGGAGCCUGGGGGAGACGGCGCGGCUGUGUCGGUGGUUGAGCGAGAGGGAGAGCGAAACGGGUGGCGGCGACAUUUCAGUGACGACGCUUCUUCCACCAGGCCACGCCUUCUUCCUUUCGCAUCGUCUUUUAUACAUACUUUCAACUCGAACUCGGAAAACCAACCCCAAGUCACACCACAUCAGCUGGCAAGCUCGUGCUUCGAACAGCUGCAAGAUGCCUGCGCCACUGGCCAAAGCUUCCUCAUCUCUCCAAUCUCCCUUCCCCUCUCUCUCUCUUUCUAUUCCCAAUACAUGUCUCCAACUCACUCUUGCCAACCUGCUCGCAGGCCUCGGCUCCUCGUCCCAUCCACCAAACCGCCCUAAUCACCCCCUCACAACAGGCAUCAUCAUCGCCGCAUCCGUCAUUGUUGCCGCCGGUAUCGCAAUCUACGAGUCCCCUCAAGUCCGCCAAUGGGUCGACCAGUCCCGUCGCAAGAUCGCAGUUGCCCUGCACUCCCUCGGCGAUGACAUCCAGCCCCGUCGAUCCAGCGAAUCGUCCGACAACCACGACGCACAUGCAAAGCGGAGAGAGGAAUUGAUCAGACGGAACAGAAAUGAGCUGAUCAGAAGGGCCCGGGAAGAGGGCGUCGCCGUCGAUCUAGACGAGCUAGCCAGGAUCGGGGACGAGGCUGCCGAAAUGGGACGAAAGAGACAUGAAACCAGUCAAGACAGAAGCGAUCGCGCAAAGAGCUUCGACACCCUUGUCGGACACGACGGCAUGCUCAGGGGCGACACCACAGGCGCAACCAACAACGCCUCGGACGCUGGCCUACGUCAUCGCGGUGUAUCAGGCUUCGCAGCAGGCUCGAGCACCGCAGCCAACACCUCCACCCCCUUCUCCGACGACGCCGUCCUCUUCGACCACAACGACCAAGACGACGAAGCACCCUCCCCAAAACCAUUCCCGUACAUCGAACCCACCACUACACUCGCAAGUAACACGGUCCCAGCAUCCUCUCCACCCUCAAGCACAGCUACCCUCAUCGAUCUCACCCCGGAACAACACACCCACGAACCUCCCGCCACCAACACACCCACCACCCCCCAAGACCAAUCCUUCCACUCAUUCACCUCCCCCUCCCGCCCCUCAACCCCCACCCAACCCCAACCCCAAUCCCCCUCAUCCUCCCCAUCCUCCCCCUUCACAGACACAAACACAAACGCCAUACUCACCCCAACCCUAACCCCACGCUCCACGCGCCCACCCUCCCCCUUCUCAGACACAAACUUCACCGACGCUGCCUUUAGCGACACCGGCUAUAGCGAUUUGGGCGGUGAUCGGGUAGAGGGCGUGAUGACGCCUGGGUCGUGGACGGAUGUGGGGAGUGAGGAGGGAAGUGAGUGGGGGGGUUUGGUGGGUGGGAGUGUCGGGUAG